GAUCGAGAAGGAAGAUCCGUGAAGAUGAAAGAUCAAUCAACAAUGGCCGCAAAGGCUGAAAGUAGUGAUGAGAGUACUGGGGUGAAGCUACUUAGCGGUAUCAAUGACCAGUACGGAGGUGUCAUCGUCGAAACCAUCGAUCCUAUCGACCCUGCCUCCUUCCUUUCACUUCUUACCUCUUCAAUUGCGCAUUGGAAACUUGAGGGCAAGAAGGGUGUUUGGAUCAAAUUGCCCAUCCAGCAAGUCAAUCUUGUUGAACCUGCAGUGAUGAAUGGAUUCUGGUAUCACCACGCAGAGCCUACUUAUUUGAUGCUCGUAAAUUGGAUUCCUCCUUCUCCUCAUACUCUUCCUGCAAAUGCCUCCCACCGAGUCGGAAUUGGUGCAUUUGUUCUCAAUCAAGACCGUGAGGUGCUAGUAGUUCAAGAAAAGAGCGGAUACUUUCAGGGGACAGGCGUGUGGAAAUUCCCUACUGGAGUUGUCGAUGAGGGAGAAAAUAUCUAUGCAGCUGCUGUGAGAGAAGUAAAAGAAGAAACCGGGAUUGAUUCGGAGUUUGUGGAAGUCCUAGCAUUCAGUCAAAGCCACAAGUCAUUUUUUGAGAAAUCAGAUUUAUUUUUUGUAUGCUUGUUGCGAGCCCUUUCCUUUGACAUCCAGAAGCAAGAACAAGAGUUAGAAGCAGCCCAGUGGAUGCCAUUUGAAGAAUAUGUUGCUCAACCCUUUGUCCAGACCAAAGAGUUUCUAAAGUACAAUGCUGAUAUAUGCAGAGCAAAAAUGGAGGGGGAGUAUUCUGGACUUUCUCCCGUAACUAUGACUAGUUCUUCUGGAGAGAAAAGCUACUUGUACUUGAGUAGGCAGUAAAGUUGAAGUGUGAUUCUAGCCUCAGUUGAUAUUCUAUUCAAUCAAAGAUUUCAUGUUGUAAUGGAAGUAUGGAACCAUUGGAACGAGGUUGAUUCUAUCCCUUUAAUAUUCUAUCUAGUCAAUCCAGAAGGUUCAUGUUGUGAUG